AUGGAAGGCCCUUCAAACAACCCGCGGCGCAAGCGCAAGCGCGCAGCCUCAGACGCCAUCAUCAACCCGCUCUCGCACUCCCCCGACACCCUCCGACAAUUCGCCGUCGCCGGGUACCCAGCCGAGCAACCGCUCCCAUCCAAGGCCUACCCGGGCUUCCCGCACCGGCCUGCCCAUUACCAAAGCCGCCACCGUCGCGGCCCCGCUCUCCCGGAGGAAGGCAGCAACAGCAACAACAACAACAACAACAACAACAACAACAACACCGAGGCGAAACCCCCCAGCGACGCAGACGCCAACGCCGACGCGGACAUCGACACCGCCACCGAAGCCAGCGACGCAGCAGCAGGCUGGCAAACCACCACCACCGACGACGGCGACGAAACAGCCACCGACACAGACCAUCACCAUUCUGCUUCUCCCAGACCCAGCCAUAGCCACCGCCGCCUCGGCAAGCCGAAGAAGCAGGACCGAAUAGCCCGCGCCUACCGCGCCCGCACGGGCUGCCUCGUGGCCGCCGUGCAGCGCUGCCUCGCCGAGGGCGACGUGGCGCGGGCGCGGCGCGCGUUCGGCCUGCUGGCGCGGGCGCGGGUCAACGGGCGGCGGGUGGACCUGCGGUUCGGGCGGGCGUGGGAGAUGGGCGCCGAGGUGUUGCUGCGGGAGGGAGAGGAGGAGGAGGAAAAGCGCCCCGUUCCGGGGGAGGAAGGGGAAGAGGAAGAGGAGGAGGAGGAGGAGGAGGAGGAGGAGGAGGAAGAGAGGCGACUGGCGCGGGCGGAGGAAAGGCUCGAGCGGCUGAGGGCGUACUACCGCUUCCUGAUCCAGCAGUACCCCUUCAACAAGGCGCACCCGGCCACCACCGCGGAGGGCGUGCUGGACUUCCAGGCCGCGCUGUUUGGGGCCGAGAUGGAGGCGGCGCAUGCGAGCCACAGGCGGGGGCUGGCGCGGUUGCGGCGCUCCCGCGAGGUCGACGACGAUGACGGCGGUAUGGACGUCGACGAGCCGGCGGCGGACUACGGCUACGAGCCGGGCGGCGGCUGGGACGGCGGCGACGAGGCACCGCAGCGGGCAGACCACCACCACGACCACCAUCACCACCUGCGCGGGCUCAGCCACCGCGCGCUGCGCGCCCGCGAGAGGGAGGACGAGCUGCGCCUGGCGGCGCUGCAGCGCAUGACCGACGUCGCGCAGCGCAUGGACACCGUCAUGGAGACCCCGCCGUUCUCGCGCGACCCGGAGCUGCUCCGGCUCAGGGCCAUGGCGGCGCUGUACCUCGGGGACCUGGAGGUGCCGCCGGCGCCGCGGUCCGACGCGGAGGACAGCGAGGGCAGGAGAGCGCGGGCGGAGCAGCGCAGGACGGCCCGGCGCCUUUUGCUGCGCAUCAAGGAGGGCGGCGGGGAGCUGAAGGACCAUGACGAGGCGCUUUUGGAGUCGCUGCGGUCGGACGAUGAAGAGGAUGAAGCGGAUGAGGAGGACCGGGAGACUUCGCCGUUACCCAUGUUCUCGUCAAUGGGAGGAGCUUAA